GAUUCGCAAUGUUGCAUCUUACACCGCCAGGCGGCGUUCAGGUAACAAAAUGCCGCGGUACGAAGGUUAUGUCGUUGCUGCUGAUAAAUAUCCAAUAAUUCUCGAUAUUGGAAGUGCCUACACGAAAUGUGGAUUUGCAAGAGAAACCGGUCCCCGAUGGAUUAUAUCAUCCGAAGUUAAAAAUUCUCAAACUGGGAAGGUGACAAAAUUGUGGGAUUACAAGAGUCCCGAAGAAUUGUACUUACUCUUCAAGGAAUUCCUCCAACAAAUGUAUUUCAAGUGAGCAUUAAAAUUCAUUAUUUUUUCAUAAGCAUUGUACUAUUCUUUUAUAAAUUUAUUCCUGUAUACAGAAUUUAUUUAAUAAUUCAUCAUUUCCAAAAAUAAAACUUUGAGUUAAAACUUUUCUACCCCGUAAGAAUAAUGCUGUAUUUGAGAAUUUGAAACAGAUUUCUGCAGCUCCAUUUACAUGGUUUCAUGGAAUCAAUUACUUCCAUAAGCAAAGAGAUUAUUGUAUAUAUAAAAUUCUUUUUUUGAGUAUUGGAUUAAAUAUUACACAAAAUACACAACUGCAAAGAGUAGAAUAGGCUUCUAGUUUUUAUUGAUUGGUGAAUCACUUACGCCCCCAUCCAUUUCUUACCUUGUAUUACCCUGUAUCAAUUUAAAUAAAUUAUUUUGGCACACAAUCUAUUAUUAUCUAUCUAUCUGGUAAUGUAACAUAUGAGAUAUGUGAUGCAUGAAAAUCUUCUUUACUUUGGCUAACAGCACAGUAUCGCAGUUUGGAAAAUUGACUAGAUCAGUCUAUGGAACGACCAGUGGUCCACGAAUCAUACUUUGAGAACUAAUGUUUGAAAUGGGAGUAUCUAUAAAUACCAGAGGCCUAGAAAUGCUAAUAAAAGUCCACAAAUUUCUUGAUCUGGUCUGGCAAACGUACAAAUUUGCAAUUAUAAAUUGGUUAGUCAAGAUACAAAGUAAUUUCUUGUUUCUUCUUUUGAGACCUUUGUCACAAAAUCAUUCAUGAAGAUUUCUGGUGCAAAUUCAAAUUUUAAUUUUGUGGAGUGGUAUAGAACCUUUACCACACAAGCCACCCACCUAUCAAGAUACAAGCUCCGGAAUUGUGUAAUUUCUUACUGAUUCUAAGGUGAGUUGAUGAUGAUGAUAAUGAUUAUAACAUUUUCUGAUUUUCUAAAACACCAUGAAUAGUUUAAAAAUUAGUUUUAUUUGGGGAACUUGGGGGCGAAUAUUUGUUGGACCAUUGAAUGAUUUGAAAUACAAAAACAAAAAAUUAUUAAAAUUCGUAAAAUAAAGACUUGUACGUAACAAUCUCAUUGCACAGAAAAAAUAAAUUUUAGUUGUCUUCCCUACUAUCUUCCAAAACAUUUUGCCAAUACUCCUUAUUUGCCAAUGGCUGGACGUAUUUGUUACUCGAACCUUUUGGACAUUUUGCUAUAACUUUCAACUUGUUUGUAUUAGUUUGCUGGUUUAGUUUUCAAUAAGAAAAUUAUGAGCAGCAUACAGCUUAUGCACAAAAUGCCAAAGGAAUUUUCAGUGUAUAAAACUGCACACUUGAUAGCACAGAAUAGUUUUUAAAUUUUCCAACAAGAUUGCCAUGAAGAAUAAAAAACUUUCAUCAUAUGGGGAAAAUUUAUAAUCUACAUUGGCAAACUAUGUUAUAGUAACUGAAAGAACAUUUACUAGAAUAAGAUAAACAGAUGAUUUCAUAUGAACUGUUAUACAGUACAGUACAAUACAAUUUUGAUAGAAGUACUGCAUUAUGCAAGGGUUACCUGUAUUUAAUUUUAUAGGUGAUCUAUAUAUAAUACAUAUGCAAGAAUAGGUUUACCACCUUUAGCUGUUCUCAUCUACUGCAGGAUAUAUAGGUCUCUCCAAUCACUUCAAUUCCGAGUUUUCUGCAUCCAGUUCAUCCCCAGUCUCUCCAUCUCAUUUUUGUUAUCCAGGCAUCCUUCUUCUUGAUCUCUGUGUCCAUUCUGUUAUUCUUUGUCUAUUCAUCUGUAGCUCCUAACCU